CUAUGCUACAUUACUACGGUCACACUGACAGCCAGCCGAAAAUCGUCAAUUGUAGUAAUUUUUAAUCUGUGUUAAUCGGCUUUAAAUUGAUUCGGAAUAAUUGUUCUUUGCCGCAAAUCGUGUAACUAACGUUCCAAUGGCGCCCAAGGCUAAAUCGGUUGGCAUCAAGCCCCAGGCCAAGGCCUUCAAAGACAAGUCCAAACCCACCGAUGUGCGUAUGUCCAACAUCCAGGCGGCAAAGGCUGUUUCCGAUGCCAUCCGCACCAGCUUGGGACCCCGCGGCAUGGACAAGAUGAUCCAGGCGGGCAACGGCGAGGUGUCAAUCACCAACGAUGGUGCCACCAUUCUGAAGCAGAUGAACGUUUUGCAUCCGGCCGCCAAGAUGCUGGUUGAGCUGUCCCGCGCUCAGGAUGUGGCAGCUGGCGAUGGCACCACCUCCGUUGUGGUCAUUGCCGGCGCUCUGCUUGAGGCUUGCGAGAAGCUGUUGCAGAAGGGCCUGCAUCCCACUGCUAUCUCGGACUCGUUCCAGCGGUGCUCCGACAAGGCUGUGCAGAUCCUCACACAGAUGUCCACGCCCAUUGAGUUGACAGAUCGCGAGACGCUCAUUAAGAGCGCCUCCACAUCUCUGAACUCCAAGGUGGUGUCGCAGCAGAGCAGCCUGCUGGCUCCCAUCGCUGUGGAUGCCGUGCUGAAGGUCACCGAGCCCGGCAAAGAGGUCUCUGUGGAUCUUAAGAACAUCAAGGUCAUCUCCAGCCUGGGCGGCACCGUCGAGGAUACCGAGCUGAUCGAUGGUCUGGUCUUCACCAGCCGCUCGGCAGGCACUAAUGCUCCCAAGCGCAUCGAGAAGGCCAAGAUCGGUCUUAUCCAGUUCUGCAUCUCGGCGCCCAAGACCGAUAUGGACCACAGUGUGAUUGUGUCGGACUACGCUGCCAUGGAUCGUGUGCUGAAGGAGGAGCGUUCCUAUAUCCUCAAUAUUGUCAAGCAGAUCAAGAAGGCUGGCUGCAAUGUCCUGCUGGUUCAGAAGUCCAUCCUGCGUGAUGCUGUUUCGGAUCUGGCUCAGCACUUCCUGGACAAGAUCAAGUGUCUGGUGGUCAAGGAUGUGGAGCGCGAGGAUAUUGAGUUUGUGUGCAAGACCCUGCAUUGCCGCCCGAUUGCCUCGCUGGAUCACUUCACAGCUGAGAACCUGUCCAGCGCCGAACUGGUCGAGGAGGUGGCCAGUGGCACAAACAAGUUUGUUAAGAUUACCGGCAUCCAGAAUCCGGGACGCACCGUCUCGAUCAUCUGCCGUGGAUCCAACAAGCUGGUUUUGGAGGAAGCUGCCCGCUCGCUGCAUGACGCCCUCUGUGUGGUGCGUUGUUUGGUGAAGAAUCGUGCCCAGAUUGUGGGUGGUGGCGCUCCAGAGAUUGAGAUGUCUCUGCAACUGGCCGCUGCAGCUCAAACCGUUGAGGGUGUGGAUGCCUACUGCUUCCGUGCAUUUGCCGAUGCUCUGGAGGUCAUUCCUUCGACUCUGGCUGAGAAUGCCGGUUUGAAUCCAAUUGCCACGGUCACAGAGCUGCGCAACCGUCACGCCCAGGGCGAGAAGACGGCCGGCAUUAAUGUGCGCAAGGGCGCCAUCACAGACAUCAUGGCGGAGAAUGUGGUGCAGCCGCUGCUGGUCAGUAUUUCGGCCAUCACCUUGGCCACGGAAACGAUUCGCUCGAUCCUGAAGAUUGAUGAUAUUAUCAACACCUUCUGUUAGGAAUUGAGCGCAGUCUCCUUCAGUUGUCUAUGUCUCUGUUCAAGAUCAAUCUUCAAGCAUUUUCAUCUAAUCCCUCACAUCUUAUAUCCAUUAUGCGGUUGCGCAUGAAAUUUUGAAUAAAAUUCACAUUAUAUACACUA